ACAAUAGAAAACGGCAGUAGAUGCCAAGUCAUGUGAACCCCCUCCUUUCCUCCGUCAGCGAAGGCUGGCUGCCCGCUGCGUCGCACCAUAAAAGCGGCCCCGCUCCCCUCCUCAAAACCUCCGCAAAUUCCCAGCUCGCUCUCCGCCCAAAACAUCCUCUAGAUCCAUCGCUUUCCCCGGCCAUGGCGGCGACCAUCCAGAGCGUCAAGGCUCGCCAGAUCUUCGACAGCCGCGGCAACCCCACCGUCGAGGUUGAUGUGUGCUGCUCUGAUGGAACUUUUGCGAGGGCUGCUGUGCCCAGCGGUGCAUCAACUGGUGUCUACGAAGCUUUGGAGUUGAGGGAUGGAGGCAAAGAUUACUUGGGCAAGGGUGUGCUAAAGGCUGUGGACAAUGUGAACUCCAUUAUUGGACCAGCAUUGAUUGGCAAGGAUCCCACGGAACAGACUCUGCUUGACAACUUCAUGGUUCAUGAACUUGACGGAACCAAGAAUGAGUGGGGCUGGUGCAAGCAAAAGCUUGGUGCUAAUGCUAUCCUGGCUGUGUCACUUGCUGUAUGCAAAGCAGGAGCUUCUGUCAAGAAGAUUCCACUGUACCAGCACAUCGCCAACCUUGCUGGUAACAAGCAUCUGGUUCUGCCUGUGCCCGCAUUCAAUGUCAUCAACGGUGGAUCACAUGCUGGAAACAAGCUUGCUAUGCAGGAAUUCAUGAUCCUUCCUACUGGUGCUUCAUCCUUCAAGGAGGCCAUGAAGAUGGGUGUUGAAGUGUAUCACAACUUGAAGUCUGUUAUCAAGAAGAAGUAUGGUCAAGAUGCUACCAAUGUUGGUGAUGAAGGUGGUUUUGCUCCUAACAUUCAGGAGAACAAGGAGGGUCUUGAACUCUUGAAGGUGGCUAUUGAAAAGGCUGGAUAUACUGGCAAGGUUGUCAUUGGAAUGGAUGUUGCUGCUUCAGAGUUCUACAGUGAAAAGGACCAAACCUAUGAUCUGAACUUCAAGGAAGAUAACAAUGAUGGCUCCCAGAAGAUAUCUGGAGAUAGCCUGAAGAAUGUGUACAAGUCAUUUGUUGAUGAAUACCCAAUUGUCUCGAUUGAGGACCCAUUUGAUCAGGAUGACUGGGUUCACUAUGCUAAGAUGACUGCGGAAAUUGGAGUGCCAGUGCAGAUUGUCGGAGAUGACCUCCUUGUCACAAACCCAACUAGGGUUGCAAAGGCGAUUGAAGAGAAGUCAUGCAAUGCUCUUCUCCUCAAGGUUAACCAAAUUGGAUCUGUGACCGAGAGCAUUGAGGCUGUGAGAAUGUCAAAACGUGCUGGCUGGGGUGUGAUGACCAGUCACCGGAGUGGUGAAACCGAGGAUACAUUCAUUGCUGAUUUGGCGGUUGGCUUAUCUACGGGCCAGAUCAAGACCGGAGCACCUUGCAGAUCCGAACGUCUCGCGAAGUAUAACCAGCUUCUUAGGAUCGAGGAAGAGCUUGGUGCCGCAGCUGUGUACGCUGGACUCAACUUCCGUACCCCAGUGGAGCCCUACUAGAUGGGAAUUGAAGGAACUUCCGUACCCCAGUGGAGCCCUACUAGAUGGGAAUUGAAGGAGCUUCUCUGUUCCUAAAUUUUGUCAAAAAUGUGCUGUACUAAACUUUCCCGGUGCCCGGUUGCGCUUGUAGAAUCGGAGCAAUAAGUUCCCAGUCACGUGGAUACAAAAUACAAUCUGAACUUUGAUUUC